AUGCGAGGAAGAGAAGCCCUCCUGCUCACGGCGGCGGUCCUGACACUGCUGUUGCUCAUCGGUCACGAAGUCGACGGUAGCGGUAGUCGCCGAAGACGUCGGCGCCGAAGCACCACCAGCCCGCCGCCCGUCGACUGCCGGUGGUCGUCCUGGUCUCUGUUCUCCUCCGACUGUGGGAACACCUGCGGGGGGACGAGAACCUACACCCGGUACCGGUGCAGGCCGGCUGCGAACGGCGGCGCUGAUUGUGUUGGGGACACGCAGAAGACUGAACCAUGCCCGGGCACGGCGUGCCAGAACGGGGGACAGUGGAACGGCGCCUCCUGUACCUGCCCGAGUGGCUUCUAUGGGUCCUGUUGUCAAACAACUCUGAUGUGCCCACCUCUGGACGCCCCCUCCAACGGUCAGAUCAGCUCUCCGGUCAUGACGGGUGGCGACGUGGUGUACUUCUCCUGUGACCCCGGCUACACGUUGUUGGGUAGCAGCUCGGCGACGUGCGAGUCGUCAGGCAGCUGGUCCAACAACAGACCUAUCUGUCAGAGAGGCUCCUGCCCUGCCCUACAGGUGGUGCCGCACGGCUCGAUGUACGGGUCCAUGUCCACAGGCUCCACCAUGACAUUCUCCUGUUUACCCGGCUACACUCUGAGCGGUCCCUCCUCCAUCACAUGUACCCCACAGGGAGUGUGGAGUGCGCAACCUCCAACUUGUACAGCUGUUCAAUGCCCGACGCUGUCACCUCCUUCCCACGGAACAAUCAGUAGUGUCACAGCGCCAUCUGCCGGGACCUGGAACUCACUGCAGUGUGAUACCUCUUUGGUAAACCAAGGCCCGGUCCAUACCGUGAACUGUGGAACAGACUCCACCAACUUCAACGGCCAAACCUUCACGUAA